GGUGACCUCGAUUUCCUUUUUUCCUUUAGGGAUGUUGGAAGACGGAAAAAAAUUUGACUCCUCCCGCGACAGGAACAAGCCAUUCAAGUUUGUGAUGGGCAAGCAGGAAGUCAUUCGUGGCUGGGAAGAAGGGGUCGCCCAGAUGAGCGUUGGCCAACGAGCCAAGAUGAUCAUCUCACCAGACUACGCCUACGGUUCUACUGGCCACCCGGGGAUCAUCCCUCCCAACGCCACCCUAAUUUUUGAUGUGGAGCUUUUGAAAUUGGAAUGACAAGAGGCACACAACCUCCCGUUUCCCUGCUGUGGGGUUUGGCCCACGGAGAAAUCCAGAAAUCUUUGCUUCAAGAUGAAUGCACAUGAAUUUGUAUGGCGCUUUCCCAGCUAUCCACUACACACUUGGUGUACCCAUCCACCCUGAUUUGAAUGUUUUGGGUCACUUCCUCCUUCCUUCUUUUCCUCUGAUUUUUUUUGACAUUUUCGAGCUAUAUGCUGUAAACCUUGGCGCUUUUUCAGGUCAAGAUCUUUAAUCUUAUUAUUAUUAUUUUUGGGGGUUGGAUUUUUUUUUGUUUUUAGUUGUUGUUGUAGACUUUGAGUUGUGUAUGAGCAUUUCUAGUACGUAUACUGAUUGGUUCACAUUAUACAGGAAUAACUGCUUGAAGAAGGCAAACCUACCCCCUUUUUUCCAUUUUGUUUUGGACGUAUCUUAUUUGUAUUAAAAUGCAUUUUGCUGCUGCAAGCCAUACAAAGCCACUGGAGGAGCUACCGAAGGCUGAAUCAUCCUGAAAGUCACAUCGUCAUAGGAGUUUGGUAUGGUUCUCUGCUCGAAACUGGGGGGAUUCCAGGGAAUCACCCUCUUCCCCUCCCACCAUCUUGGGGAAGAGGCUGUUGUCCCCAGUGACCUAGCGCUUGGUCUUGGUUACUUGGGGGGUGCAGUUCUUCCCCAAGUAAUUGACCUCUUUUUCCCCCCUCUCCCCUGCCAGUAUGGUGGUGUGUGGUGUUUUCUAUGGAUUUUCAGGAGAUUUUUAACCUUUUAGCGGUUCGAAUUCCACAACUAGCUAAAUUCAAGAACUUUGAAGGUGCUGUAUUACCACGGGAUGAAGGGGGAUGAAUCGAUAUUCGCCUCCCCAGCCAGCAGUGUGGAUAUACUAGAGAGUACUUUUCUGAGAUCUGAUGCUGGUCAUCGCAGCUUGCAACAGCUUCCUGUACAAUGCACCGCUCUCCCCCCCCUCGCCCGCCCAUCCUUCCUUCCUUCCUGAUGUCAUCCCAAAUCCACCCCCCCUUUUUUCCUGUGUAGUGAGAUUUUGUAAGAGAAUUGCCGUUUGCCGCCUCUUCCUCCACCACCGUCACCACAUAGACAUAGAGAGUUUUAUUAUCGCAAUAAAAAUGCUUUAUGCUGGCUUUUCUCAA